AUGGGGGAGUUCACGUGCACAGACACUUGGGACCCUGUAGAUAAAGAUCUGGCAAUGGGUCAAUUGAAGAAGGCCUGCCAUAAACGUGAAGGUGCUAUGAUGCUCGGGAUCCCGACGACAGAAAUGAGCGCACUCGCAGGUGAUCGUCGAGGCACCUUGGAGCGAACCAACGCUCAAGCUUUGAUCGACAAAGUGUCCUGCAUGCAUCUAGAUAACACUGUGAACCUGGAUCAAGUGGAUCCGGGAUCAGCCAGAACUUAUCCAUGCAAAGCCCCGGAUGAUCAAAGGAAUUCCCAAUAUGCUUAA